AUGACCGGUUUCACCGUCGGGAAGACACACACACGGGUUCAACACUGCUGUCGCAACUCACCGACAGACGCGGGAAUCGCGUGGAUUCACGUAUGGGCGCGCGUGAAUACGGGGGCUAAUGGGGUACUGGGUUUACGGGGUAUGUCGCCGGAAUUGGGCGACGAGUGCUGUGGCGCCGGAAUUGUGCGCACUAAGCGUAUAUUGUCGCCGCAUUUUAGGGUAAGAAAGGUAAAGCCGGUAGAACUUUGUGGUCAAAGACACACGCAGAGUAGCAGAAGGCAGUCUAAGCUUCCAGCAAAGCCGACACGCCACGUGUCCACACAUUUACAACAACCAAUUGAAGGCAAAGACUUUUUAAAUGAAUUGAUUGACAAAACGCUUACUAUUAGUGACGAAGAGUUGUCACAACAGAUAUCGGAAAUUGAGAUCAAUUUACCGGUGAAUGAGACCAACGAUGAGAUAACUGAAGCUAUUUUAACGUCAGAAUUGCGGGAAUUGUCAGUUAUGCCAGUCGUUCGACCGAUUGAUAACCGCAACGACUGGAACUGUUUGGAGACCAACAGAAUAGCAGAGCUGUUGAGCGCAACCAAAAUAUUUGACCAAACGUUGUCCACAAAUAUUAUACGAGUCAAUACUUUCAAAGAUAUGAUCCUUAAUUACAAUACAAAACUCGAGGACUUUAUCGUAGAUAUCGUGCGGUUCACGAAGAGUCUGAACGGAUUCACUCGCAUUUGUUCCGAUGAUCAGUGGGUUCUACUUAAGAGUGGUUGCAUUGAUAUGGUUUUACUGCGCGAAGCCAUGUAUUAUAAUGACAACUCGGAUAGCUUUUUUAUGAGACUAACAAAUGAAAACAGUAGUGUUGUCUCAUCGCCAAUGCCUUUGCUCUCAGACGUGUCCACACAUCCAAACCAACACUUUUUACCCGAAGAUCAGGACUUUUUGGAUGUAUUAAUUGACAAAACGCUUACCAUUAGUGACGAAGAGCUGUCGCAUCAGAUAUCAGAAAUUGUUAUCAAUUUAUCGGUAAAUGAAAAUAAUAAUGAAAUACAAACGACACCAGAAUCUCGUCGACUGGCGAUUAUGCCUAUCAUUAGACCACUCAAUAACCACAACGACUGGAACUGUUUGGAGACCAACAGAAUAGCAGAGCUGUUGAGCGCAACCAAAAUAUUUGACCAAAAGUCUCCUAAAAAUAUUACACGAGUUAAUAGUUUCAAAGAUAUGGUCCGUAAUUGCAAUACAAAACUGGAGGCCAUUCUCACAGAUAUCGUACGGUUCACGAAGAGUCUGAACGGAUUCACUCACAUCUGUUCCGACGAUCAGUUGGUUCUACUCAAGAGUGGUUGCAUUGAAAUGCUUUUAUUACGUGAAGCCCUGUAUUAUAACAACAACCUGGAUAGUUUUUUCAUGAAAGGGCACAAUGAAGAUAAUAGUGUUGUCUCAUCGCCGGUGUCUUCGGCUUCAGACGUGUCCACACAUUCAGAAAAACCCUUUUUACCCGAAGAUCAGGAUUUCUUAAAUGAAUUAAUUGACAAAACGCUUACCAUUAGUGACGAAGAGCUGUCACAACAGAUACUGGAAAUUGAUAUUAAAUUAUCGAAACUGGCGAUUAUGCCUAUCAUUAGACCACUCAAUAACCGCAACGAUUGGAACUGUUUGGAGACCAACAGAAUAGCAGAGCUACUCGAACAACAACUAUAUAUAUAUUUACUGCAAAGAUAUCUACUAUUGAAAUACGGGUCCGAAUUGAAUAUUAGUGACGAAGAGCUGACACAACAGAUACUGGAAAUUGAGAUCAAUUUAUCAGUUAAUGAAAUCAAUGCCAAUGAAGAGACAAAUGAAAUACAAUCGGCGCCGGAAUUGGCUAUCAUUCCUGUCAUUAGACCACUUCAUAACCCAAACGACUGGAACUGUUUGGAGACCAACAGAAUAGCAGAGCUGUUGAGCGCAACCAAAAUAUUUGACCAAAAUAUGUCCCAAAAUAUAGAGACAGUGAAUGACUUGAAGGAUAUGAUCCGUAAAUACAAUGGAAAGCGGGAAAACUUUUUCACAGAUAUCGUACGGUUUUGCAAGAAUCUGAACGGAUUCGCGACCAUCUGUUCCGACGAUCAGUUGUCUCUACUCAAGAGUGGUUGUCUUGAAAUGCUUUUAUUACGCGAAACAAUGCAUUACGACAACGAUUUUGAUAGCCUUUUCAUGAAAGUGUUCACCGCGAUAUUGCUCUAUAACCCAAAUCGUCCACAUCUUAAACACAAGCAUACAGUAAAACUCGAACAACAACUUUAUAUAUAUUUACUGCAAAGAUAUCUACUAUUGAAAUACGGGUCCGAAUGUCGAAACUUCACGGCAAAUGUCUGCGAAAGCUGUAAAGCAUUCUUCCGGAGAGCCAUUCGUCUAAAUAAGACAUAUGCACCAUGCCCAUCUACUGGUAAAUGCACUGUAAACAAAUUGACCAGGACUAUUUGCAGAUUUUGCCGAUUGACCAAGUGCUUUGAGGCCGGAAUGAGACCAGAAUUCGUGAGAAUACCCCAGGAACUGAUGAUAACGCCUGUCAUGCGAUCACUCGAUAACCACAACGACUGGAACUGUUUGGAGACCAACAGAAUAGCAGAGCUGUUGAGCGCAACCAAAAUAUUUGACUACGAAUUGCCCUCAAAUACAGUGUCUGUGAAUCACUUCCACGAAAUGGUUCCCAUAUAUAGUGUCAGAUUCGAUACACUUCUCGCGGAUAUCGUGCGGUUCUCGAAGAAUCUGAACGGAUUCGCGACCAUCUGUUCCGACGAUCAGAUCUCACUUCUCAAGAGUGGAUGCAUUGAUGUCGUUAUAUUGCGCGAAGCCGUCUAUUAUAACCACGAGGUGGACAUGUUUUUAAUGAGAAUGUUAACAGCGAUCGUACUCUUUAACCCCAAUCGACCACAUCUUAAACAUAAGGAUAACGUGAAACUCGAACAACAACUGUAUAUAUAUUUACUGCAAAGAUAUCUACUAUUGAAAUACGGGUCGGAAUGCAAGAAUUUCGCGGCCAAUGUCUGCGAAAGCUGUAAAGCCUUCUUUCGGAGAGCCAUUCGUCUAAAUAAGGAAUUUGUGAGAAGUAAUAAUGAAAAUCAAAUCAGGCGUCAAAACAUUGAAUUGAAUCGCUUAAGACAUUAUAUCAGCGGAGAUAAUAGUGUGGUCUCAUCGCCGGUAUUUUUGGCUGCGGAUGUGUCCACACAUUCACACAAUUCCAUUGAAAGCCAAGACUUUUUGAGUGAAAUAAUUGACAAAACAAUAGGUAUUAGCGCUGAAGAGAUGACACAACAGAUAACGGAAAUUGAGAUCAAUUCAGUACAAGAAUCACAGGAACUGAUUAUAACGCCUGUCAUUAGACCACUCGAUAACCACAACGACUGGAACUGUUUGGAGACCAACAGAAUAGCAGAGCUGUUGAGCGCAACCAAAAUAUUUGACUACAAUUUGCCCUCAAAUACAGUGUCUGUGAAUCACUUCCACGAAAUGGUUCGCAAUUAUAACAAUCGAUUUGAAGACUUUCUCUCAGAUAUCGUGCGGUUCUCGAAGAAUCUGAACGGAUUCGCGACCAUCUGUUCCGACGAUCAGUUGUCUCUACUCAAGAGCGGUGGCAUUGAUGUGGUUUUAUUACGCGAAGCCGUGUAUUAUAACAACGAGGUGGACACGUAUUUGUUGAAAAUGGAAUUCAUGACAAGUACUGAAGAAAAUAAAAUGAGACGACAAUUGAUUGCAGAGAAUUGCUUACAAAACAAUCUCAAUGGAGAUAACAGUUUAGUCUCAUCGCUGGUGUCGUCCACUUCACACGUGUCCACACAUUCACACCAUUUCAAUGAAUGCGAAAACUUUUUGAAUGAAAUAAUUGACAAAACAGUGAACAUUAGCGACGAAGAGCUGACACAACAGAUACUGGAAAUUGAAAUCAAUUUAUCGGUAAAUGAGACCAACAAAGAGAUAAUUGAAGUGAAUUCAGCUCCAGAACCGAUGAAACCGGUGGUCAUACCUAUCAUUAGACCACUUCAUAACCCAAACGACUGGAACUGUUUGGAGACCAACAGAAUAGCAGAGCUGUUGAGCGCAACCAAAAUAUUUGACCACAAUUUUGCUGAAAAUAUUGUAACAGUCAAUGAUUUUAAGGAUAUGUUCCAUAAGUACCAUGGUCAAUUAGAGCUGUUUAUCAAUGAUAUCGUACGGUUCACGAAGAGUCUGCACGGAUUCGCUAACAUCUGCACCGACGACCAGUUGUCGCUCGUGAAGAAUGGCUGCCAUGAAAUCUUUUUGUUAAGGGAAGCCAUGCAUUACAAUAACGAAGUGGACUGUCUAUGCGUAAAAAUGGAAUUUGUGAGAAGUAAUGAAGAAAACAAAAUCCAUAAGCAAUUGAUUGCAGAAAAUCGCGAGAAACGUAAAUCCAAUGCACAUAAUAGUGUGAUCUCAUCGCCGGUGUCUUCGGCUUCAGACGUGUCCACACAUUCACAGCAAUCCAUUGAAGGCAAAGACUUUUUGAAUGAAUUAAUUGACAAAACAGUAAACAUUAGCGACGAAGAGCUGUCGCAACAGAUACUGGAAAUUGAGAUCAAUUUAUCGGUCAAUGAAAACAAUUGCAGCGAAGAGACAAAUAAAGUACAAUUAACACCAAAAGUACAGUCACUGCCGAUUAUACCCAUCAUUAGACCACUCGAUAACCGCAACGACUGGAACUGUUUGGAGACCAACAGAAUAGCAGAGCUGUUGAGCGCAACCAAAAUAUUUGACUACGAAUUACCUAAAAAUACUAUAACAGCCAAUGAUUUUAGUGACAUGAUAAUAAAGUACCAUGAUCAGAUGGAUCGUGACAUUAAAGAUUUGGUUCGGUUCACAAAGAAUCUGAACGGAUUCGCUAACAUCUGUUCCGCGGAUCAGUUGUCGCUCGUGAAGAAUAAAUGCGUUGAAAUAUGUUUAUUACGCGAAGCCAUCUAUUUUGACAAUGAUGUUGAUAGUUUAUAUCUCAAAAUUGAAUUCGUGACGAGUAUUGAAGAGAACAAAAUCCGUAAACAAAUGAUUGCAGAAAAUCGCGAGAAACACAAACCCAAUAGAGAUAAUAGUGUGGUCUCAUCGCCGGUGCCUACGGCUACACAUGUCGACAAAGAAGUGAUGCAAAAAAUAUUGGAUAUUUCUAUGAAUUUAUCGGCAAAUAAAAAUAAUAACAACAAAAAGACAAAUAAAGUGAAUUCAGUGCCAGAAUCGCGGGAACUGUCGGUUAUACCAGUCGUGCGACCACUCAAUAACCCAAACGACUGGAACUGUUUGGAGACCAACAGAAUAGCAGAGCUGUUGAGCGCAACCAAAAUAUUUGACUUUCAAAUGCCCGAUAAUAUUGUGGCAGUGAAUCAUUUUAGGGAUCUGGCCCGAAUGUACCAUGGUCAUAUUGACGAGUCCAUCGGCGAUAUCGUACGGUUCACGAAGAAUCUAAACGGAUUCGCUAACAUUUGUCCAGAGGAUCAGUUGUCGCUCGUGAAGAAUGGAUGCGUUGAAGUGAUGAUAUUGCGAGAAGCCAUGUAUUACAACAAUGAUACGGAUAGUUUAAGUUUAAAAAUGGAAUUCGUGAGAAGUAAUGAAGAAAACAAAAUCCGCAAACAAUUCAUUGCAGAAACUCGUGAUAAACACAAAUCCAAUGCAUAUAAUAGUGUGGUCUCAUCGCCUGUGUCUACGGCUUCAGACGUGUCCACACAUUCACAGCAAUCCAUUGAAAGCCACGAAAUAAUGACCGAAACAAUAAUCAUUAGCGACGAAGAAAUUACACAAAAGAUAUGGGAAAUCAACAGUAAUUUAUCGGUUAAUGAAAACAACAGCGAAGUGACAAAUGAAACCCAAUUAACACCAGAAUUACAAUCACUCCCGAUUGUACCAGUCGUGCGACCACUCAAUAACCGCAACGACUGGAACUGUUUGGAGACCAACAGAAUAGCAGAGCUUUUGAGCGCAACCAAAAUAUUUGAUUAUAAAUUGCCAGAAAAUAUGGUGUUAGUGAAUAAUUUUAAGGAUAUGAUGCAUAAGUACCAUGGUCAAAUUGAAGAGUUAGUAUGUGAUACGGUACGGUUCACGAAGAAUCUGAACGGAUUCGCUAACGUCUGUCCAGAGGAUCAGUUGUCUCUCCUUAAGUACGGCUGUAUUGAAAUAAUUGUAUUACGCGAAGCCAUGUAUUAUAACAACGAGGUGGACAGUCUGUGUAUGAAAAUGGAAUUCGUGAGAAGUAAUGAAGAAAAUAAAAUGAGGAGAAAAAUGAUUGCAGAAAAUCGCUUAAAAGACAAUCUAAACGAUGCUAAAAGUGUGGACUUAUCGCCGAUGUCUACGGCUUCAGAUGUGUCCACACAUUCAGACCAACCCUAUUCACCCAAAGAUCAGAACUUUUUAAAUGAAUUAAUUGAUAAAACAGUGAAUAUUAGUGACGAAGAACUAACACAACAGAUACUGGAAAUUGAUAUCAAUUUAUCAGUCAAUGAAAUCAAUGCAAACGAAAGGAUAGUUAAAGUAAAUAUAGACCUAAAACCAGAGGAAACGGCAAUUAUACCCAUCAUUAGACCACUCGAUAACCGCAACGACUGGAACUGUUUGGAGACCAACAGAAUAGCAGAGCUGUUGAGCGCAACCAAAAUAUUUGACCACAAAUUGCCCGAAAAUUUGGUGGCAGUAAAUAAUUUCAAAGAGUUCAUUUACAAUUACCAUGAUAAAUUAGAGAACUCCAUCAUCGAGGUGGCAAACUUUACCAAGAUUUUGAACGGAUUCGCUAACAUCUGUUCCGAGGAUCAGUUGUCGCUCGUGAAGAAUAGCUGUCUAGAAGUGAUUCUAUUGCGCGAAGCCAUGUAUUAUAACAACGAGGUGGACAGUCAUUGUAUGAAAAUGCUAUUGGUGUGUCCAUCGGAUGGCAAAUGUAUAAUCAAUAGACAGACGCGCUCUAUAUGUCGGAAAUGUCGGCUAAACAAGUGCUUUGCUGUGGGAAUGAGAAAAGAAUUCAUACUGAAUAACGAAGUGAACCGAAGUAAAUAUAUUAGGAAAAAGCAAAAACAAAAACAACUCAACGAUUCCGACACAUGUGUUGUGUCCACCACUUCGGAGGUCGUGUCUUCGACCUCAAUGUUUACCGAAACCGCAGUGAUUAUAAGCCCUGUCAGCGCCGGUAGGCCUGAGUCCACCCAAUCGGUGGUAGAAUUACGCGAUACAAUCACACUCUCGAUGGACGAGUUGAUAAGACAAUCGCUGAAGACAUCGCUUGUGUAUCACGUGAUCAACGAUUACCAGCACUGGAAUCCAUUGGAGGCCAAGAGGUUGCGGGAGUUGUUGACGGCGUCCCGAGUGUUGGACUACGGGUUAAGCGCUAAUCGGAUUCACACCAAGUGUUUCAAAGUGUUGAACCAAUUAUGCGAAGACCGGACCGAACGGGUGAUCACCGAUUUGAUCCGUUUCGCCAAACUUAUCAAAGGCUUCGCCGACGUGUGUUCUGAGGAUCAGUUGGCACUCGUCAAGUAUGGCUUCAUUGAAGUGAAUUUAAUGCAACUUUUAAUGAGCUUUAAUGAGGAGACCGAGAGUUUUGUGUUUGGCGAUUGUGCUAAUACGAGGUCGAUUGUAUUUCAUCUGGAUGUGUUUAAGUUUACCGGUGUUAAUUAUUAUGAUAAAUUCACCAGGUUCCUAUUCAUGAUGUAUCCGUUGUGCAAAACUGAUCAGAUUGUUUGCAACUUGGUAUACAAAUGUAAGACAACUGGCAAUUGUGUGGUCAAUACCAGGACUAGACAUCACUGCAAAAAGUGUCGGCUCGAGAAAUGUUUCGCCAAAGGGAUGAGAAAAGAAUUUAUUAGAAAAUUUGCGGACAAAGAGCGCAAAGAAUUAGAGAAAAUACCACAAAACAAAUGCAUAACUCAUGAUAAACACAAUCAAUAUUUACCAUCGGCUAACAAUUCACCGGCAAAUGAGUUAAUACAAUACAACACAAGUCAUGGAAAUGAUAUUUUGGAUAAAAUAAUUGAUGACAACUCCAUAUCAGACGAAGAAUUAAGCAAAAUGUUGACAGAUAUCGAUACUUACAUCACAACAGACACACACGAUAUGCCACAACACAUGCCAGUGGUUCCAGUAUUCAAAGAACUCGUCGAUUACCACGGAUUGAAUCAAUUAGAGUGCACUCGUGUGGGAGAACUGAUGACAGCGUCCAAGAACUUGGACUAUCCAUUGAGUGAUAACAUCUAUACCUUAAGGGAUUUCACAGAGUUUAUAACCAUCGCCAGCGGAAGUCAUGAGUUAUUUAUCAAAAACUUUAUUGAUUUUACCCGAAGUUUGCGGUCAUUCGGCAAUAUAUGCCCCGAAGACCGGUUAGCGCUCGUCAAGUAUGGCUACAUUGAGAUGACGGCCAUUAAAAGUAUUACCCGUUAUGACCCACACUCCGAGUCCUAUCUAUUAGCGGUGACACCCAACACAUCGAUGAGACUUUAUUUAAAACAUUACAAUUAUGGUGAAAUAGAUCAUGUGAGCUUGAUCAAGUCGUUUCUCAACAGGAUCAUACCCCAGUGGAAUAAUGACACUGUUAUACUCAACUUGUUGCUGGCAAUUGUCAUAUUUAAUCCCAAUCGACCCAAUCUAUUGCACAAACAGACAGUAAAACUCGAACAACAACUGUAUAUAUAUUUACUGCAAAGAUAUCUACUAUUGAAAUACGGAUCCGAAUGGGAAUCGCAAUCAAGUCUAUCGAUACUAAUGACAACAUUGAAAGACUUAUAUCUAAUGAAUAGACUAAUAAUGGGUCAUAAGAUUGAAGAAUAUAAGGAGAAUAUACAUAAUAUGGCACAAGAGAUGACACCAAUGAAGACAUUACUCGUCACCACAGAUGACACCGAAGAAGACAAAGACAUACAACAGCCACAGAUAUACGCGAAGAACUCUUUCGAUCGUUUCGGCGAUGACUUGUGCGGACUCAUACUCUCAUACCUCUCACUCGAGCAACGCUUUGUCUGCGAAUGUGUGUCCAAACAGUUCCGGAGGACUGUCUUCGAGUGUGUUGUGGACAUCACUCUUCACAAGUGGUUUAUGAGGAAAACGCGAACCGAGAUCUCUGUGCUGUCGGCCACCGAAAUGUUGGCCACAAUCGCCCGCAAGUGUCCCAACAUUCGCGCCAUUGACUUACGAGGAAUGGUUCACAUCUAUUGGCAACAGAUUCCAGAAGUUGUGCCCAUUUUUCGCGACAAAUUGCGACACAUUUGCUGCGAUUUAGACGAAAACACGGAUCAAUUGAUACCAGUGUUGGCGCCACUCAUCACAAGAAUCGGAAGAGUCGCUCGAAACCAAAGACCAGCGCUCAGUCAUUGUCACCGAUUGUCUCGCCUGAGGAUCGGUUCGCUGCCCGACGUGUUCGACAUCUCUGGCCAACUGUUGGCGAAGAAUUUGCAGUCAAUUGAGUUUUAUUAUUAUUCAAGAGAUAGGGAAAUGUUGGCCGCAUUCGUGGCCGCGAAUCAGUCCCUAAGAAGUGUUAAAUUUAAUAAUAAUGGAUAUCAGACUCACGACGGGUUCGUCGAAAUGGUUGAACAGUUGUCGCGAUUACAAGAAUUACGGGAUUUGGCGCUUAAUUUAGACCUAAAGGACGACCAGAACUCACUGAACGACUCUUUGCGCACAAUUGGCCAGAAGUGCCCGCAUUUGAAACGAUUGAGACUUUCGUUGAUCUCAACUAAUCAUAAACUCAAUGGACAUACAAUUGAAUCGAUGGUUAAUUAUCGCGGAUUAAAGAGUUUGGAUUUAAGACUCUUUGUGGCCAUCGAUGACGUAUUUCUGGAUCCGUUGAAACAUUGCCACAGAUUAACGCAUUUAACACUCAAAGGGUGUGUAUUUAGCGUUAAAGUGCCCGACAAUUGCCGCAAACAUUGGCCACGACUUCAAUGCCUAACCAUUAAGUCUAAUGAUAUCACUCGCGAGGGUUUGCGUCGCGUCUCAAGACUACCGGCGCUGCAGACACUGGCGUUUGAAUGCAAGCGAUUCAUUGGUUUCGUGUCUUCUCUUGUCUUCGUUGGCAAUGAUUUCAUAGACAAUGUCUGCGAAGAACUGUUCUCUAGAACUCCUCGACUGAAGACCAUUGAAAUCUGUGCCGAAACUAACGAAGCGUUUUAUUGGCGUAAAAGUUGUGUAAAUGUUUGA